CCACAGCUUACUCUCAAUGGACGUUGUACAGGGCAGUCAUAGGAUCUGUCCAGAGCUAGGCAACGCUAUGAUGAUGAUCCCGGUGCCUGACAGGCCUAUCGCAUUGCCUUCUUAUGGUGCUGAUGGAUGCAGCAACAGGGGUAGAACGUCGCCUUUUCUUUGCAAUCGUGUUGGCUACCUCAGCAUGGCGCCUCGAGCCUCGAGGACUUCAACAAACAGUUCCCAGCUCAGCCAUCAUUCCUUGUUACCAGAAUGUGGAAUGUUGGGGCCCGGACGAAGCAUUGUUCGUGUACAACUUUCUUUGUGAUAGUUCAAUACGUCAAAGCAUACGAUCAAGCGUCCCGAUCCAGAGGCUUGGUUUCGUUGUAUCCUCUAGGCAUGGCAGGGCGAUUUCCAGUCGCCGCGUACCUCUUUCCCCGACCAUUCCAGUAUGCACUUCACCCACAUCGUCUGGUUGUCGUUUUUGAAUGCGCUCGAAGCGAUCAAACGAGAAGGUCUCCAGGAACGAGUAUGGGUGGCCUCGAGUUGAAUCUCUUUCGCAUAGCAUCUGAGACUCGAAGUAUCUCGAUCUGCGUGUACAACCCUCGACUUUU